AUGGAGAAGAGCAGCAGGUCGCGUGGUGCGCGUUUCACGGCGAUUGUGUUUCUUCUGACCGCUGUUCUCGUCGCUCAGGCAGCUGUGAUCGAUCGACAGAGACGAGAAUUCGUGAUACCCGACUGGAUCGAGAUCGUCGACGAACCUGUUGCCGAGAACUCGAAGACCGUCCAAAGAGCGGUUAGGGUUAGGGACGCCAAAGUGAAUUACGAUGGAGCGCAAGUGUGGAGGGUUCAAGCUCCUGAUGGUCAGAAGGACUUGGCUACUAAUGUCACGACGGACUUACAGGAACAUGGAUUGCUGACGUUAUGGGUCGGCAACGAAAUGGGAAUGGACGUGCUGAUCCGUGCAGAGGAAGUCCCAAGAGUAGCUCGUUACUUGAAACAGAAAGAUCUAGAGUACCACGUGGUGAUCGAGGACGUACAGAAAGCGAUAGACGAAGAAAAUCCGGCGCUUUCCGAAGAGGAAAUGGAGGAACUGGAAGGUCGCAAAGGUCAUCGAAUGGAGUGGACCACUUACCAUCGUCUUGAAGACAUCCAUGGUUAUCUCGAUUAUUUGGCAGAGACUUUUCCGGACGUUUGUUCCGUUGUUAGCAUCGGAAACUCUGUCGAAGGACGAGCUCUCAAGGUUUUGAGAAUCAGCAACGGGAAACCUAAUGCACCCGCCUUAUGGAUCGACGGUGGAAUCCACGCUCGUGAAUGGAUCUCUCCAGCCGCUGUCACUUACGUCAUCAAUCAUUUAGUUGAAAACAGCGAAGAUCUUGAGGCUGACUACUACAUUCUACCCGUGGCAAAUCCCGAUGGGUACGAAUACACCUUCACCAGAGAUCGUUUGUGGCGAAAGAACAGGAAACGUGCUGCAGGUAGCAUGUGCAACGGGGUUGAUCUGAACAGAAACUUUGGGUAUCGCUGGGGUGGUCUGGGAACUAGCAAGGACCCUUGCCGCGAUAUUUAUGCUGGCUCUGGACCGUUCUCUGAACCGGAAACUAAUGCUAUACGGAACUUCUUCGAGGCUAGCGCUGCUAACUUCAAGGCGUACCUGACAUUCCACAGUUACGGUCAGUACAUCCUAUACCCAUGGGGUUACGACAAACGCGUGCCCCCAGAUUACGCGGAUCUCGAAAGAGUCGGAAGACAAGUAGCCGCAGCAAUGAAAAAAGCAGGCGGUGCCAACAGCGCCUACACUGUCGGAAACAGUGCUACCACCCUGUACGCAGCUUCCGGUGGCUCCGACGAUUGGGCCAAAGCUAUUCUCAAGAUGAAAUACGCUUACACGAUCGAACUGAGAGACACUGGAAAGUAUGGUUUCGUUCUACCGGCUCGUUAUAUUGUCCCAACAGCUAAAGAAGCGUUGGCGGCUGUGAUGACCGUUACGGAGGCUUGCAAAACAUUGUAACUGAUUAUAAUUGUAUAAAUAUUAAUUCUUGUAUCUUGCGAAAGGAACUGGAGUAUUGUAAUUACUAGAUAAGAGCGAGCACUAUUUAUUGA